ACGGUUUAAAGAAGGCUGCUUGGGUAAUAAAGGACACAGGGGGAGCUGUCCGUUGGCCUGGGUGCUGAAAUAUAAUUCCAAGUCGUUGUGUCCAGUAGUAUAACAUUUGAAAGUAAUGUAAGGCCGUGUCUAAAGAGGAAUUAAUGAUUGGAAAACGUUUGUGUAGCCUAUGAAGCAAAGGAGGAAAACAUGGGAUUAUAUCACAUCGAGAGUUCCUUUGACGAAGACAUUUGGUUGAGGACUAUCCUUCCCUAAACUAUAUUCAGUUCACAGCAGUCCACCAGCCUGAUGCAUUGGGGACCAUAGAGUGAACCAAGAUGCCUAAGAUCAGCACGGAGCAGUCUUAUCCCAGCCACGGCCGCUGUUCGGUAAACACCCCCGACAACCUGGACCAGAUUGAGAGUGGCAGCAGCCAUGAGGACCAACUGGACCCCUCCUUCACGGGGACAGGAGGCAUGUCCAGGCUGUCUCGCUUCAUGGUGUUGGUGAAGGGCUGGUCAUCUCACAGUAGUCAGCCCUUAGAUACCCUUCCUUUAGACUCAACCAUGAAGUCACACACAGAGUUCAGAGAGGCCUGGAGAGCAGAGAGCAUGUCCAACACCAGACUCUCUGACCAAGUCCGCAGGAGGAACAAUGGUCAAUGGCCCCUUGCAGCAUACAAUAUGAACAACUGCAACAACAAGGAUGACAAAAAAGACGAGAAGAAGGAUGAGAAGAAGCCGGAUCCCCCGAAGCCACCUGAUAAGAAACCAGAUGAGAAGAAACCGGAUCCCCCUAAAGAAGUGUGGAUCAUUGACCCCGCCACUGAUAUGUACUACCAAUGGCUGACAAUAGUAGCUGUCCCAGCAUUCUACAACUUAAUGCUUCUGGUGCCAAGAGCUAGUUUCAAUGACCUGCAGGCCAACUAUGUAAUGCUGUGGAUGGUUCUCGACUACACUUCAGAUGUCAUCUAUUACAUUGACACGUUUGUGAGAUCUAGGACAGGUUUCCUGGAACAAGGAUUGCUCGUGAAGGACCCAGUGAAACUAAAAGAACACUACCGAGCCCAGAAGCAAUUUAAAUAUGACAUCAUAUCGAUGAUACCUACCGAUCUUGCCUUCAUUCCAUACGGUUACAACAAUCCAGAGUUCAGAUUCAACCGCCUCGGCAAGAUGGCGCGCCUCUUUGAGUUCUUCGACCGAACGGAAACCAGGACAAACUACCCCAACAUUUUCAGAAUCGGCAACCUUGUGCUUUACAUCCUGAUCAUCAUCCACUGGAACGCUUGCGUCUUCUACGCCCUCUCCAAACUCCUGGGCUUCGGCUCAGACACCUGGGUGUACCCAAACAUCACUGACCCCGAGAUGGGCCAGCUGUCCAGGAAGUAUGUCUACUGCCUCUACUGGUCCACCCUGACCCUGACCACCAUUGGAGAGACCCCGCCCCCUGUCAGAGACAUCGAGUACCUGUUUGUAGUCGCCGACUUCCUCACGGGCGUGCUGAUUUUUGCCACCAUUGUUGGUAACGUUGGCGCCAUGAUCUCCAACAUGAACGCGGCACGCGCCGAGUUCCAGGCCAAGAUCGACUCCAUCAAGCAGUACAUGGAGUUUCGUAAGGUCUCCAAGGUCCUGGAGGCCAGGGUGGUCAAGUGGUUUGACUACCUGUGGACGGAGAAGAAGACCUGCGACGAGAAGGAGGUUCUGAAGAACCUGCCGGACAAGCUGAAGGCUGAGAUUGCCAUCAACGUCCACAUGGAGACGCUGAGGAAAGUGCGUAUCUUCCAGGAUUGCGAAGCCGGCCUGCUGAUCGAGCUUGUGCUCAAGCUGCAGCCGCAGGUCUUCAGCCCCGGAGACUACAUCUGUAAGAAGGGCGACAUUGGCCGAGAGAUGUACAUCAUCAAAGAAGGGAAGCUGGCUGUGGUGGCGGACGACGGGGUAACACAGUGGUGUGUGCUGAGCGAUGGGGCGUACUUCGGAGAUCUCAGUAUCCUGGGCAUCAAGGGCAGUAAGGCUGGCAACAGAAGAACAGCCAACAUCAGGAGCGUGGGUUACUCUGACCUCUUCGCCCUGUCUAAAGACGACCUGAUGGAUGCUCUCACUGAGUACCCUGACGCCAAGUACGCUCUGGAAGAGAAAGGCAAGGCCAUCUUGAUGAAAGACAACCUCAUUGAUGAGGAAUUGGGAAACAAGGCCGACCCCAAAGAAAUGGAGAACAAAGUCCUUACAAUGGAGACCAACAUGGAGGUCAUGACGAUCAAGUUCACCAGAAUGAUUGCAGAGUGGGCAACAUACCAGGCCAAGGUCAAGCAGCGCAUCAGCAACAUGGAGGCCAGGGUCAAACCCCUCAGGCAGGGGGAUGGAUGAGGUCAUAGGACAAAUAAUCACAUGCAGAAUAUCUACUCCACAUAUUUAACAGACACGGACAUUACAUGUAAAUCUAUAACUCAUACUCACAAUUUAGAUCUGGUUAGAUCUAAAUAGCUUUCCAUCCAAGUGGAUUAUAACCAUAAACUGUAUUGUUGACCAGUCAAAAGCAAUGAAGGCUGGUGGGAGGAGCUAUAGGAGGAUGGGCUCAUUGUAAUGGUUGCAAUGGAAUAAAUAGAACGCAGUCAAACAUGUUGUUUCCAUAUGUUUGAUACCAUUAAAUGUUUUGCAUUCUAGCCAUUACAAUGAGCCAGUCCUCCUAUAGCUCCUCCCACCAGCCUCCACUGGUCAAAAGUAUACCUAGAUUCAAACAUAAACUCAGCCAAAAAAGAAAGUCCUCUCACUGUCAACUGCGUUUAUUUAAGGCAAACUUAACAUGUGUAAAUAUUUGUGUGAACAUAACAAGAUUCAACAACUGAGACAUAAACUGAACAAGUUCCACAGACAUGUGACUAACAGAAAUGGAAUUAUGUGUCCCUGAACGAAGGGGGGUCAGAAUCAAAAGUAACAGUCAGUAUCUGGUGUGACCACCAGCUGCAUUAUGUACUGCAGUGCAUCUCCUCCUCAUGGACUGCACCAGGUUUGCCAGUUCUUGCUGUGAGAUGUUACCCCACUCUUCCACCAAGGCACCUUCCCGGACAUUUCUGGCGAGAAUGGCCCUACCCCACACCUUCCGAUCCAACAGGUCCCAGAUGUGCUCAAUGGGAUUGAGAUCCGGGCUCUUCGCUGGCCAUGGCAGAACACUGACAUUCCUGUCUUGCAGGAAAUCAUGCACAGAACGAGCAGUAUGGCUGGUGGCAUUGUCAUGUUGGAGGGCCAUGUCAGAAUGAGCCUGCAGGAAGGGUACCACAUGAGGGGGGAGGGUGUCUUCCUUGUAACGCACAGCGUUGAGAUUGCCAGCAAUGACAGCAAGCUCAGUCCGAUGAUGCUGUGACACACCGCACCAGACCAUGACAGACCCUCAACCUCCAAAUCGAUCCCGUUCCAGAGUACAGGCCUCGGUGUAACACUCAUUCCUUUGACCAUAAACGCGAAUCCAACCAGCACCCCUGGUGAGACAAAACCGCGACUCGUCAGUGAAGAGCACUUUUUUCCAGUCCUGUUUGGUCCAGUGACGGUGGGUUUGUGCCCAUAGGCGACGUUGUUGUCUGGUGAGGACCUGCCUUACAACAGGCCUACAAGCCCUCAGUCCAGCCUCUCUCAGCCUAUUGCAGACAGUCUGAGCACUGAUGCAGAGAUUGUACAUUCCUGGUGUAACUCUGGCAGUUGUUAUUGCCAUCCUGUACCUGUCCCGCAGGUGUGAUGUUCGGAUGUACCGAUCCUGUGCAGGUGUUGUUACAAGUGGUCUGCCACUGCAAGGACAAUCAGCUGUCCGUCCCAUCUCCCUGUAGUGCUGUUUUAGGCGUCUCACAGUAAGGAAAUUGCAAUUUAUUGCCCUGGCCACAUCAGCAGUCCUCAUGCCUCCUUGCAGCAUGCCUAAGGCACUUUCACACAUAUGAGCAGGGACCCUGGGCAUCUUUCUUUUGAUGUUUUUCAGUCAGUAGAAAGGCCUCUUUAGUAUCCUAAGUUUUCAUAACUAUGAUCUUAAUUGCCUACCGUCUGUAAGCUGUUAGUGUCUUUAACGACCGUUCCAUGUUCAUUAAUUGUUUAUGGUUCACUGAACAAGAAUGGGAAACAGUGUUUAAAACCCUUUAAAAUGAAGAUCUGUGAAGUUAUUUGGAUUUUUACAAAUUAUCUUUGAAAGACAAGGUCCUGAAAAAGGGAUGUUUCUUUUUUUGCUGAGUUUAGUUAUUUGUCCUGCUUGUUUGAUAGGCUUAAUGUUAAUGUUUUUAUUUUGUAAUAAAUAUAUUAUCCAAAA